AUGCCAAAGUACUAUUGCGAUUAUUGCGACACAUUCCUCACGCACGAUUCGCCGUCGGUUCGAAAGACGCACAAUGGCGGAAGAAAGCAUAAAGAUAACGUGAGACAAUACUAUCAGACAUGGAUGGAGGACCAAGCCCAGAAACUCGUCGAUCAGACAGCGAGAGCAUUUGCAACAAACAGGAUGGGUGGCGCUGUUCCGCGAACAACAAUGGGAAUGUCGGCAAUGCCGCCACUUCCACGACCAAUGGGAAUGCCGCCACUUCCAAUUCCAGGCCGUCCGCCAUUCCCAAUGGCAUUCCCACCAGGACCACUUCCGCCAGGAUUCCCAGCCGCGCCGAUGAUUCCAGCCGCCGGGCUCGCUCCACCAGGAAUGGCGGCUCUUUUGCCACCGCGUGGCGCACCGGCACCAUUCCGUCAAAUGUGA